AAUAAAUAUAAAAAAUUACCAUAAAUGAAAUCCCAAAAGGAGCUUAAUUUGGAAAGUUGAGAGCCAACAGCCGUACAUCACUUUAGUUCAAACUAAUUCGUAAUUUCGGAUCAGAUAAAGAGCGAAACAGAGUCUUAUAGUACCAUAGAUUUGACGAUUGUCUCUGUAAAAAAGUAGAUAUAAUAAAGUUAAGCCAGAGGGGAGAUUGGAGAAGGAAGAUUUUCCCAGAAUUUUCGGAUUAUUUAUUGGAAAAAAUACCUUAAAGAAGACGACCCGAGUGACGGUUGUUCCUUUUUGAGUCAGAUUUAUUUCUCUCCUUGGCUCGUGACUCUCAUAUCCUCUUUCUGGGUUUCAUUUUUUGCUCUCAUGAUUAAUCCAUAGAUUAGUAAAAAUUAUUACUAUUUAUAACGUUGAAGAUCUGCUGUUUAUAACAAUGCGCGUUUGUUGCGGCUAUGAAACUGGGUUUUUGUUAAUUUCUGAUGAAAGUAGAGCUUUCAUAGAGUUUGAAUGAAGCGGCGAUGAAGAGAAUAGAAGAGAAAUGGAAGUUAGAUCGGAGAAUAUUCAAGUUAGAUUCGACAAAUUUCCGGCGCCGGUGAUUCCCAGAACACGAUUACAAGUUUGGUUUAUAAGGGUAUGUUCCAGCAUAUUGCUAUGGACAUGUUUGGUACAGUUAGUGGCCGUCGGAGAGCUUUGGCACCCUAAAAUUUUCCCCAAUUUAAGCAACAGAAUAAAUUGGUUUAAUAAUGCUCCCCGCCAAGUGGACCUCGUAAUUCAUUCUCCGCCUCCUCUUGUUGCUCCAAGAAAUUAUACAAGUAAUGGCUUUCUUAUCGUAUCCUGCAAUGGGGGCUUGAAUCAAAUGCGUGCUGCAAUAUGUGACAUGGUGACUAUUGCACGGCUUUUGAAUCUCACUUUGGUGGUUCCAGAGCUUGAUAAGAGAUCUUUCUGGGCUGACCCUAGUAACUUUGAGGACAUCUUUGAUGUAAGACAUUUCAUUGAUUCUCUAAGAGAUGAAGUUCGAAUCAUCAAACGGCUGCCAAAGAAGUUCAGUAGGAAAUAUGGAUAUAAACCUUUUGAGAUGCCACCUGUUAGCUGGUCAAAUGAAAAGUAUUACUUGCAACAGAUUUUGCCACUUUUCAGUAAACAUAAGGUUUUGCACUUCAACAGAACAGAUGCACGUUUGGCAAACAAUGGUAUUCCACUUAUUCUUCAAAAACUCAGGUGCCGUGUUAAUUUCCAGGGCCUGAAGUUCACUCCUCAGAUUGAGGCCUUGGGAUACAAAUUGGUUCAUAUUCUACAAGAAAGGGGACCUUUUGUGGCUUUGCAUUUGAGAUAUGAGAUGGACAUGUUGGCCUUCUCGGGUUGUACUCAUGGCUGCACCAUGGAAGAAGCUGAGGAGCUAAAGCAUUUGAGAUAUGCAUACCCAUGGUGGAGAGAGAAAGAAAUAGUGUCAGAAGAGAGGAGAUCACAAGGUCUGUGUCCUCUGACACCUGAGGAGGCAGCAUUAGUUUUGCAAGCAUUGGGAUUUGAUGAGAACACACAGAUUUAUAUUGCAGCUGGUGAGAUUUAUGGUGGUGAAAAGAGGUUGGCGACUCUAAGAGCUGCGUUUCCACGGAUUGUUAAAAAGGAAACGUUGUUAGAUCCAGCAGAACUGCAAUCUUUUCAGAAUCAUUCAUCUCAAAUGGCUGCCCUGGAUUUUAUUGUUUCUACAGCGAGCAACACAUUCAUCCCUACAUAUGAUGGAAACAUGGCAAAAGUUGUGGAAGGUCACCGCAGGUAUCUUGGGUUCAAAAAGUCUGUACUGCUAGAUAGGAGAAAAAUUGUAGAGUUGGUGGAUAUGCAUCAGAAUGGGACACUUUCUUGGAACGAGUUUUCAGUUGCUCUACAGGUAGCUCAUGAGAAAAGGCUUGGACAGCCUAUUCGGCGAAAAGUAAUUGCAGACAAGCCCAAAGAGGAAGAUUAUUUCUAUGCAAAUCCUCAAGAAUGCCUUUGUGAGGGAACAAAUUGUGAUGAUUUACUAGGUCAAAGUAACUCGACUGAACUAGAGUAACACAGCAGGAAAGAUUUAACUCGUCUUGAGAUGGUAUUCCUCUGAACUGGUCCAGGACAGUGACUGUUCCAAGACUGGAUGGGGGAAUCAAGCCAUGUUGCUUUUCGAGGUAGGCCUUACAGCUUAAACAACCUUCUAUACACGCCUGAGUUUUGUAAGAACACCAGAAAAGAUUCCUUGAGUUCCAUCCUUGGCGGUACUAUGUUUGGUCUAUAAUUUUUUCAGUUUUUUAAUUUCUUCUGUUCUUGUAUUUAUUUUAUAGAGUCCAUUUUUUCUCCAGCCUUAAGGCUUCUUGUGUACAAUGCUGUCACAUAAUUCCAUAGUUGAUCAAACAUAUAUUGUUAGCGUUUCACUGUUCUUUGAAAGUGAAUGCAAAGUUUGGAGAC